AUGCUGGAUUUCAUGAUGAUGAGAUUUGGGCGACGGCUCUUUUUUGAUCAAGGGAGAGCAGACCUCGCACGACUUUGCAUUGACAGCGCCAAAGCUCUUUUUGAAGCCCUUGACGACAAGGUUUACCUCUUGCAAUCCAAGCUGUCAGACGCUCAAUUGAAGUAUCUCUGUGGAAACUUUACUGCUGCGCCGGUCGCGAUCGACACUAUUCGCCAGGAGAACCGAGUAUUCAGAUAUCUUCAAGAACUUUCGUCGAGAGAUGCCCACAACGCAAGGGUGCUCGGUAUGCCAAUUUUGAAUCUGCUUACGGGGUAUGACCGCAUUGUGUCGGCCAUUUACGGUUCAUCAAACGAUGCGAAUGCUAUCAACACCUGGCGCAAUGAAUACCGCGACCUUGGGAAGGAUUUGGGGUUAAUGGAGAUUAUUACGGCUAAACAAUGUCUUUCUGACACCGUUGGUUAA